AGCAGUAAAUCAACUUUAAACACACACAUGAGGAUCCACACAGGAGAGAAACCAUUUGCUUGCGAUGUUUGUGAAAAAAGAUUUAGCGUUAAAUCAAGCUUAAACACACACAUGAAGAUCCACACAGGAGAGAAACCAUUUGCCUGUGAUGUUUGUCUAAAAAGAUUUAGCGAUAAAUCAGAUUUAAACAGACACAUGAGGAUCCACACAGGAGAGAAACCAUUUGCUUGCGAUGUUUGUGAACAAAGAUUUAGCAAUAAAUCAAGCUUUAACAGACACAUGAGGAUCCACACAGGACAGAAACCAUUUACCUGUGAUGUUUGUCUAAAAAGAUUUAGCGAUAAAUCAAGCUUAAACACACACAUGAGGAUCCACACAGGACAGAAACCAUUUACCUGUGAUGUUUGUCUAAAAAGAUUUAGCGAUAAAUCAAGCUUUAACAGACACAUGAGGAUCCACACAGGACAGAAACCAUUUACCUGUGAUGUUUGUGAAAAAAGAUUUAGCCAUAAAUCAAACCUUAACAGACACAUGAAGAUCCACACCAGAA